GAAUGUACAUAUAAAUAAUUUCAUUCCUUUUAUUAUUAUUUAUUUAUUUGCCCACACAUUCAUUAAACAAUUAUUUCAUAUACAAACUUGGAUUUUUUUUUUUUUUUUGACAGUCUGCAAAAAAAUAAACCUCCUUUAAACCCUAACAACCCACCCCAUCCCUUGAUUUAUUAAAGAAAAAAAACCUCCUCUUACACAACAAACAUUGUUAUUCUCACUCACUUACUAUCUCCUAAUUCUUUUCUCUUUCACAUUCUUUAUACUUUUUUUUUUGAUAUAAAAUUUUUUAUGGUGCUUAAAUAAUCAUGACACAAAAUCAACCAAUCACAACAGCUGUCCAAGUUGCACUUCGAGUAAGACCUUUAACACAAUCCGACCGAUCCCAACCACGGUUCUCGCAUUCCACUAAUUCCGACGUUAUAAAAACUUACGAAAAAUCAAUAGCCAUCGUUCCUCACCAAAAAACAUUUCAAUUUGAUCAUGUCUUUGAUGCUAGUAGCACACAAGAACAAGUAUUUACUUCGGUAGCCUCUAAUUUUGUUGACAGAUUUAUAGAUGGCUAUAAUGUUACUAUUUUAGCUUAUGGCCAAACAUCAUCUGGUAAAACAUACACUAUGGGUACCGCCAUAGAUGAUCACAUCGGUGCAAACCCAGAUCAAGAAGGUAUUAUUCCUCGUGCAAUGUCCGCAUUAUUCCAUAGAUUAGACGAUAUUCAAAAGGAAUCGUCGCCAUCACCACAAUUAAAGCGAGCACCGUCUGUACUAAACACAUUCCCCCCUACGUCGGGUUUAAGAGCUCCAAGGAAAUCAACAUCCACUGUAAAAUUAAGACCUGUAUCAAUGAUGACACCCCCUCGACGUGGAUCCAAUGCCACAACUAUACCUAAUACUAUACCAACUACAACCAAUGAUAAAGCAACUCGUUACACUGUCCAUGUUUCCUUUAUCGAGAUUUAUAAUGAGGAAUUAAUCGAUUUAUUAAAUCCAGCUCCUCCUCAUGAGAGAGCACCUGUCACCAUACGAGAAGAUACAAAAGGACAUAUUAUAUGGACAGGCUUAAGGGAGGUACCUGUUGGAAAUACUGAAGAUGUUCUUAGACACCUUGAAAUGGGUACAAAAAAUCGCGCAACAGGUUCCACAGACAUGAAUGCUGUGUCAUCUAGAUCACACGCUAUUUUCUCUGUAACACUGAAACAAGAGAAAUGGGUGCCGUCCAACAAACCAGCCACCAAAACCGUCACACCUCGACAUAGCACAUUAAAUGUUAAAGCCUUAAUUGGACAAAUGGAAAAACAACAAGGAACUGUCACCCCACCCGAUAGUGAGCAAGGUGAAUGGAUGAUUGUCAAUUCCAAGUUUCACUUUGUAGAUCUUGCUGGCUCUGAAAGAUUAAAAAGAACCGCUGCAGAAGGAGAUCGUCGUAAAGAAGGCAUUAAUAUCAAUGCUGGUUUGUUAGCGCUUGGUAAUGUUAUUUCUGCGCUUUCAGAUCCAUCUUCUAAGAAAUCAACACAUGUACCUUACAGAGAUUCAAAACUCACACGGCUGUUGCAAGAUUCAUUGGGCGGCAAUUCAACAACUUUAAUGAUUGCUUGCGUUAGUCCUGCUGAAAUUAAUUUAACUGAAACUAUCAACACUAUCAAAUAUGCAUAUCGUGCACGAAACAUUCGCAAUAAAUCAGAACGCAAUGAAACUGAAGAAUGGAUGACUAGCGAUAAUUUGGAUCAUUUACGACAGAUUAUUUCGAAAUUAAAAAGCGAGGUCAAAUCACUAAAGGGAAAUAGUCGUGGCACACCAUCACCAAUGUCAUCUAAUGGAUCGCCAAAGUCGCACACUUUUGUACAUGGCAUUGUAUCACCUUCAUCUUCCAUGUCAGACAAUGAUCCACAAACAUCAAUCUCAAACACUACAACAAUCACUCCUAAUAGCUCAUCAUCAUUAGAGUUAUUCGACACUCUAACAAACAACCACCAUCCAACAGUUAUGGAUCUUCGACGUCAAAUCGAGGAACUACAAAACCAAGUUACUGUCACUCGAGAACGGAACCAACUGGUUGAAAAAGAACUUCGUCAGCAAAAGCCCGAUAUGGGUGGUUCAGCCUUCCAACAUUUAGUCGAACCUGUGAUUGAAGAAUAUGAAAAAUCGAUAUCCGGGCUCGAGUCCCAAUUAGCUAUGGCACGCGCUGCAUUGACACACUCGGAUGAAGCUUUGGUAGAGCAACAAGCUAAAAUUGAAGAGUAUCAAAAUUUACAAAGCACUGAAGUCUGCGCACUCAAGGAUCUCCAGGAUCGUCUGAAAACGGCACUUGACCGUGAGCAGGUAUCCGAAAGCUACUGUUUAGAGUUAGAAGGUCAAUUAGAAAAAGCUGUGAGUGACGGACAACGUGACCAGCAAAUUCUUUCAGAAUUAAGGGAAAAGAUCAUGAAGUUUAGAGAUAUGGACGACCACACUGAACAAUACAUUAGUGAUUUAGAAGCUCGUUUAUCAACUGCAGAAACUGAACGAUUAGAGUUGACCGAAAGAAUUGCAGUACUAUCCGACCGAAAAUUAAUUACCACAGAGGAGACAACAGAUUUACUUGAAAAGGAUUUAUUGAGGAAGGAGCUUGAUCAAUGUCAAACGCGAUGUGAGGAGCUUGAAAAGGAGUUGAAGAUGACGAAGGAGCAAAAUGGCAAUUUAUCGACCUCAGAAAUGGCUCGAAUGAUAUCCGAAAAGGAAUCUCAUGUUUCUGAGCUUGACGCACGUUUAAAAGAAAUUGAGCAAAUGAAGUUCGAGCUUUCUCAAUUACGAGAUACGCAUCUAGAAGAAAUCCGACGCCUUGAAGCCAGUAUGUCAGGUUUAAAGGAACAGUGUGUCGAAUACCAAUCUCAGUUAUCCAAUGAAAAGUUACGAAGUCAAUCAUUGCAAGAUAAAAUAGAUACAUUGGAAAAAUCUUCCGAUUCUCGCCAGGGAGAUAUAGAUCAAGCCAAAGCAGAUUAUGCAGACCUCUUACAACAAAUGCGCAAUCAAGAAUCACAAACACAAAUAACUUUACAGCACGGCCUGGAUCAACUUGAGAAAUUUAAAAUGGAUAUGAAUGCUUUACACCUUGUGGAAGAGAAACAAGAUGCUAUAAUACAAGGCCUUGAACUAAAAUUGGAGGAAAUGGAUCACCUUCUAUUCUCACUUCGUUCUCAAUUAGAAGCGCGUGACCAGACCAUUCAUCAUUUGGAAACGGAAAAUGCUGCCAAGACAGAAAUUGCAGUCAAGAUGAAGGAACAAUUGGAUGAUGUUUUGAAGGAUGUGUGCGGUAUGAGUGUUGAGAAAAAACAACUCGAGCAGGUGAUGCAGGUUAUGGAAGGGACACUCAGGUUACAAGAAGUUAAAUCAGAUAUAUCGAUAGAAACUUUACAAGACAUCCAGUUUCAUGAUAAAGUUCGCCAGGAAGAAAUUGAAGAGAAGAGAAAGACUGUCGAUUUAUUAUCUGCAGAAAAACAAGUAUUGUUUGAAUCGCUUCAGCAAGCUUCACAACGUGCAUCUCAGGGCGAUACAAUGGUGAAGAAUCUGACUGUUGAAUUAGAUGAAGCUCGACAUUCUCUUACAGAACAAGCGGGCCUUGUUAAGGAACUCAAGCACAAGCAGGCUGAAGCUGAUGUCGGAAUACAACGUGUUCGUGCUCUUGAAGAUCGUGUACAAAGUCUAGAUCAAGAACUUGAUCUUCAGCGUAAAGAGAAAUUGGCUAAAGAGCAAGAGUGGAUUGAACUUGAACAUGCCGUUCAAAAUCAGUUAGUCCAAAAUCAAGGUUUAGUCAAAACUAUAUCAGAAUUAGAAACCACCAUCAAAGAAGAACGUGCGCUUGCUUCGUCCCAGGAUUCGACAGGCAUGAUUUCUGAGCUUGAAAGCAAACUUGAGUCUUUGCAGCAGACUAAAAAGCAUGAGGAUGAGCUUUGGAAAGCCCAAAUGGAAUCCGUAGAGGAAGAAUUACUUCUUUCACGUAAAGAGAGUCACGAAUACUCUCUCAAAAUCAAGAUAUUGGAGGCUUCUUUAGAUGAUUUAAAACAACAGCUUGUACAAAGCCGACGCUUGAAUCUUGACGAACCAAGAGUCUUACCUGCUUCUGAUAGUGAAAACAGUGAAUCAGAUCUUGAAGAUGAUCUGGUAUGUAACUCUAUGGAUUCAUCUCAUCAAGAUUUAAUUGAGAAGAUUUUGCAGUUACAAGAAGAUAACUCGCAGCUAUUAAAGCAUAAUGAUAAUCUCGAAUCACAGCUCAUCUUACAACGUGGGCAACUCACUCUCGAAACCAAAAAUCUGGAAUUGGAACUGAUGAAGUUGACUGCCGCAAAUGAUCGUCUUGAAAAGGAAAUGGAACAAGUAAUUCCUAGAAACAACAGCAGUAACUUUUUGGUGCAUAAUAGAGACUCAAUGCAGUAUACUUCACCUCCUCAAACACCCCGUGUCUCUUCUCCUCCUCCUCCAAGCACAAGUGUCAGUACUGGAAGUUUAAUUCAUUAUAAAAUGCAACGUGAUAUUUCAACUUCAAGCAUUGCUAAGCUAUCAAAAUCUGGCUCCUACAGAUCGGUUUCUGCCAUGCUUCAAGAUAAUCAACUUGAAGAAGAUAACUACAAGAGAUUAUCCAGUAUAUCUAUGAAAUCAGAGUCGAACAACCGCCCUACUUCUUCACUCAGAGCUAGUCGUAAUGCUAUCAAUUCUAAUAAUUUACCUCCUCCCACCGCACCACCUUCUAAUCCUCUCCCACCUAUUCCUUCGCCUUUACCUGCAUUGCCUAGCUCGCCUACAAUGGAUUCAUCCGCUGGAAGCGAACCUGGGUCACCUCCUAUGCAUCCUAUCAGUAUCAAUGCAUCAAGCCAGUCUUCGUUACAUCGCCAUGAUUCCACUACAUCUACUAGCUUUAGCGAGAUCAUGAACUCUACCUCCUCUGGUAAUUUUACUUCUGAACAGUAUGAUAAACUAAUUCGCUCAUUACAAAGAAAGGCUCAGUAUGCUGAAAAUGACGUGAAAGCUCAUCAAGAUGUUAUUACCAAGUUGGAAUCACAACUAUCCCACUCUGAAUCAUCGAUGCGCGAAGUGAAAAAACAAUUGGAUUUACUUAACCGUGAAAAGCAAGCCUGUAGUAUCGAGAUUGAAAACUUGAGAACCCAAGUGAACCAAAUCCAAACACAGCAACAAAGUACAACGGAUGAAUCGGAACAGGAACGUAAGGAAUUGUUAGAAAAAUUGGAAGCACAAAAGAUCUUGAAAGAAAAGGCUGAAAAGGCUAGACGUAUUCUUGAAGAUCGCAUGGAUGAAAUCAUGAACAAGAAGAGUAAAUUCAUGUGCUUCUAAUCUCUUUUUCUUAUCUUCUUUGUAUAGUUUUCAUUCUUCACUACCGCCCUUUUUUUUAUACAUACUAAUUAUUUUUAUGCCCACUACUUUUUUUUUCGAAUCCCUCGUAUUCGAUGUACUAUUUGAUAUUUAACCUUGAGACACUUGUCAAAAUAAAUUAAACCUUUUGCAAUUUUACCAUUUUUUUCAUAA